ACGUGGAGGAACGAAGGACGGAAUUCAUUGUCAAAAGGGUAUUUAGAUCCCUGUCAAUUAUAAUCGUUUAAUAAUUAUAAUUCGAUUGUUGUGUUUACAUAAUCAUUACGAAAUGUUGCGCACGACUACAAGACAAAUACAGGGUAUAACAAUCGCUUCUUUACGGGCAUUUAGCGCACAGGCGAGUACCAGUCAGCCCUCAGUGAAUACUAACGUUCCAGGUCUCAGUGAGAAUGUUGUCAAAAUACCAAACACAACUGUAGGACCCAACGCCUCUAAGGAUAAGGAAUACAAAAAUCCCGAGUACUUCUGCUAUCACGUGGCUUCGUUUGGGGAAGCAGAAGUGGAAUUGGCAAAGUACAGAUUACCAGCACCAUCUAAUAAGAGACAGUAAAUAAACGAUAGAAUGAAGACUCAUGAAUCAUAGUACGAACGAAAUAGUGAAUUUAAUAAGUUGGGAAAAUGUACAAAAAGAGAUGGCAAUAACAAGCUGUGUGUUCAAAACUGUGUUACGUAUUAUUUAAGAAAAAUAUGUUUAAUAUAUCAUUUAGCUGCA